GAGUUACUAGGGUCUCACUAGUAGGCACUAUCUUGAGGACUGCACAUCAUCUUCACACCUUGCGAUGGCCAAAAAGCAGUCAGGCUCCACAGAGAAAAAGUCUGCUGCAAAGAAAGGGGCCAGUGGGAAAAACGCAGGGAAAGACGAUGAUUCCUCGCAAUCUAAAGGAAAGGGAGGUUUGAAGCCUGCUACAGCAGUUAACGUUCGCCACAUUUUAUGUGAAAAACAUUCCAAAGCUACAGAGGCUCUGCAGAAACUUCAGGAGGGCCAGCGAUUUGAUAAGGUUGCACAGGAGUAUUCUGAAGAUAAGGCUAAAGCUGGAGGAAGCCUUGGAUGGAUGGUCCGAGGAUCCAUGGUUGGUGCAUUCCAGGAAGCAGCCUUUGCACUCGAGCCUUCGACUGUGGAUAAGCCAAUGUUGUCUCCACUAGUCAAGACAAACUUCGGCUAUCAUAUUGUCAUGGUCGAAGGGCGUCGUUGAGCCAGCUGACAUCGAACCCUUACAAUGUACUUUCAAGUUCGUGAAAUUGUAGCUAACAAAUCAACCUGUGCUGUCAUCAGUUGUAUAUAAUAUAAUGAGCUUAAGAGCGAUGCCGAUGCCUGUC